AUGGCUUUGCGGCAGCAGCCGAAACGGUCGGUCGGGCAACAGCGAUCAAACGAUGCCCUGCUUGGCGUGACCUGUGGAAUUGUCUGCCACGAGAGGCAAUUGUCUCGCAGCUCUUUGAGCGACAAAACGUGCCACAAUGCACCCCGUCGCACAGCUGCUGCUCACCACGCGGAACCAACUUUCAAGAAAGGAGCCCAUUCACGACCGGUAGCCCAGAUUAACGUCGUGGGCGGCUCGUGCCUUCACCGAGCUCCGUCGGUCACCGCUUCCCGCCGAGGGACGACCGACCGGUCAGCCACGACGGCCAUUAGGUGUCCGGUGCACGGCGAACAUCUGUUGCCAACGGAUAACUGUCGAACGAGCAAUUUUUACGCUUCAUGUUACCAUGUCAUAGACGACCGUGCUCAUCUGCGGUCCACAACCGUUGGCGACUUCAUUGUCCUUUAA